GUGCUUUUCUCUUUCUCUUUUUUUCUUUCAUGUAUCAAGACGAGAAACUACCGCCUUCGAACUAUGCAGUCAUAAGAUGGUUUGGAUUCGAUCAAUUCGUCCCCGAAGCGACAGUAACGUCUUACUGGAUGUCUUCAAAAGCAUUCUUCAUCAUUCGCUUCAUCCUCACUCUUUAUUCUACCAUUGUCAUUUGGACAGAUAUUGGAGUGACAGGGCCUUAUAUGAAGUACUUUUUCGACAUGUUCACUCACUUAACCUUCAUCGGUCUCCACGCAUACUUGGUUACCUCCACUGUAUACCACUUUCGAUACUUGCAUUCAAAAAGCCUAGAUUUCUACUUUAAUCAAUUCACCAUUCUCAAUUAUCUUUAUGUUUACCUCUAUCACACCGUAAUCACGUUCAACAUUGUCACACCUGUUGUUUAUUGGAGCAUUCUACGCGGCUCAGCCACAUCUGGUGUUUCUGCCUGGAUAAACACCUCAGUCCACGGCGUUUCAUUUUUCCUCAUGAUCUUUGAUGUCAUUCUCGGCAGACAGAAAGUGAUCAUUCAUAUGAUCCUGCCUGUCUUGUUCACUGUGAUUUUGUACAUGUGUAUGACAUUCAUCAUUCACGCCACUCAAGGAUUUUGGGUAUAUCCAUUUUUGGAUUGGAGUCAGGGUGGACGCGCAGCAAUAUGGUAUGUUGCUGUAGGUUUAAUUGUCGUUGCCUCCUUUUUCAUUCAAUGGCUGAUUCACUUUGUUCGUGAUUUCGUUGCUCGAAAGACAGGCAAACAGGGAUAUGCAGGUCAAGUGGAUGCUCAGAGUAAGCUAGAAACUUCACUAGAGGAAGCUUAAAGCAUGAACAUGUUAUAAUCCUAUACGUUUAUUUUAUACACACAUAUAUUAUAUAUAUGUACAAGUCUCUUUGUUGUGUACUUUUAUCAUGAAUCCUAAAUAGCUAUUACCAACAUAAUCGUUAUCACUACAACUACUACUGCUACUGCUACUGCUACUAUUACUACUA